UGAGUGACAUGACCCAGGAUGGAGUGUGUAUGACAGUGAUCGGUAUGUACAGGAGAGGAGUGUGGAGUUUGGGUAUGACAGUGAUCGGUAUGUACAGGAGAGGAGUGUGGAGGUAUGACAGUGAUCGGUAUGUACAGAGAGAGGAGUGUGGAGGUAUGACAGUGAUCGGUAUGUACAGGAGAGGAGUGUGGGAGUAUGACAGUGAUCGGUAUGUACAGGAGAGGAGUGUGGAGGUAUGACAGUGAUCGGUAUGUACAGGAGAGGAGUGUGGAAGGUAUGACAGUGAUCAGUAUGUACAGGAGAGGAGUGUGGAGAGUAUGACAGUGAUCGUAUGUACAGGAGAGGAGUGUGGAGGUAUGACAGUGAUCGUUAUGUACUUGGAGACGGAUGUGGACGGUAGACAUGAUCGGUAUGUACAGGAAGGAGUGUGGGAGUUAUGUACAGUGAUCG